AUGGUUACUCCGCCCUGCAAGACUACAUCUCCCAUGCCGGCAAACUGGGUGGCACCUUUAUCUGAACCAGUAAUGGCAGUCAAACUGAAUCAGUCUUCCAAACUAAUAAAAAUAAAAAAAUUACAAGCCGAAGAAGCUGGGGAAAUCUUGCGUGUAAUUGAAGAAAAGCGAAAAAAGGAAGAAAAAAUUGUUCGCAAGAAAUCAGCCCGAAUCAAAGAUAUCAAAACUAAUUUAAAAAAAUAUGGACUAAGUGAUAAAAAAAUCAGCCCAGAAGACUUAACCAAUAAACCGAUAAACUUAGUUACCGAAGGAAUAGAAGUGGAUUUGGAUCAGGAGAAGCAAGAACCAAGUGAGGAGGAAUUAGAAGAAACCUAUAACAAAAUAAAAAGAUUAAUCACCCAACGAAAAAUUAGUCGGUUCAUUAAUGAAGCAGCCGAGGAAAAAUUAGUCCACGAGCAAAAGAAAAUCAAAGACAAUUUUAAAAAGCAAUUAAUCGCUGAUUACCAAGAUGCAACUCAGGAUGAAGAAUUAAAUAAAGAACUAACUGAUUGA